AAAGGCCUUGGAUUAAGGCGCGUUCCUUGAAAAUUUACGUUGUGGCAAAAUGAAAAAAAUUUCCGAUGCAGCCGAUGGUAUUAAGAAACCUGAUAAGCUUGACCCUAUGAAUCAUCCUCACAUUAUUGACGAAUUAGCUGAAUGGACCAUAAAUUUGGAUUCCAAGCUGUCAGCAGACAAUAGUUAUUCUGUUGCCGUAGAUUUGUUACGUUGCCGAAAUAUUUCAUUAUCAAGUGUACAUCCUUCCUCACACAAUCUGUCUUUGGAUGACAAGUUAUCGGCUAAUCAAGAGUCAGAUCCAUCUUCAAUUUCCAAUAUAAAUUACCUUUUGUAUAAUGCCUGGAGAAAAUUCUCGGAAGUACUGACUUUUUGGUUCCCACCUUCUCAAGUUUUAAUCACUUACACUCAUUUACGCGAGAAUAAUUGCCCUUGGCAAUUAGGUUAUCUUUCAUCUGAGUCCGUUCAAGGGCAAGCUUUGUGUCUUGUAGCUACUCAUUGGCUAGAGUUAAUGGAAUUGCCAAAUAGAUUUCAAAGUUCUAAUUAUUUGUCAUUAAACGAUUUAAAACAAUCAAAUGAUAUCACCCCAUUGGAACUAAUUGAAACACCUACCAUAAGCUUUACAUAUGAGGAGUCAGAUGUCAAUCAGACUGUUACAAAUCAUUCUACUCGGAUAACAAGAAAAUGGUAUCUGAGCUAUGUGGAUCCAUGCCCACAGUGGCGCAUAGUUACUUUUUUAUCGUAUAAAUCUAGUGAAACAUUUGAGCACGAUUUAUCAACUAAUGGCUCAAAUUCAGCUUUGGAUAAUCUGUAUUAUAUAACCGCUAUAGGUUAUAGUAAUGGUUCCAUUGAUAUAAUUGACCUAUCAAUUGAUGAAAGUGAGAGGCCCAACAUAGAUCAAAAUAUUCGACGUAGUCGGAUUUUUAUCCCACCUCCUUUUACACAGUCGAUCGAUCCUCUCGGUUACAAGAAACCACUUUUUCCCGUUGUUUUAUUGUCUUUCAUUGAUGUAUCUCAUCUUUUGGUGGGACAUUUCAGAGGUCAUGUAGAUUUGUGGCAUCUAGAUUGGAAAGCGAAAAAUUUUCCAGCUCGUAUGAUGAUAAGAAUUUAUUCUAUCAAUGCUUACAAAGCUUCUAAACCACCUAUUUUAUUGUCAGCUGUAUAUGACUCAUCUUCCAGUUUGCUUGUUUUAUCUACUUUAUCUAACGUCAAUGUGUCUGUGUCCAAAUCAAUGCAUAAAAAACUCGGAUUAACAUGUUAUUAUGUGUCCAAAAAGGCACCUUAUUUAAUCCCAGCCUCCUCCUGUUCAACAUUUGAUGUAAUACCUGGUGGAUUGAUGAGUUUAUACAAUGCUUGGAAAGACACAUCAGUUCAUUUAUUAUGCAGCCUAUUUCGUCGCAACAGUUACCUAACUUCUGAUAACUCAGAUGCAAUCACUUUUAUGACUUUGGCAAAUUUCAAUACUACUUCACUUCCAACUUUCUCAUCUUCAGAUAUAUCCGAUCAAUUAUUACUUGGUAGCCUUCAUUCAUCCGGUUCAUAUUCUGUAUGGUUGAUUCCAUCUUUUGAAUUACUUCUUCUAAUUGCUAAUCCUCAAAGUAACCCCAACCUUUCAUUAUCACCAAUGAAUCUUCAAGCUUCUAAUAUGUAUAGUAAACCUUUUCGAAUUACUUGGUGGGGUAGACCAUCAGAAUCGGAUGAAUUAUCAAAUCAAACUAUUCAAUUAUGUGUUCUUCAUGAAAAUGGUUCCAUUGAUUUAUUAGAUAUUCAGAAAUGUGGUAAAGAAUUUUAUCCUAAAUUAGCUAAAACACUUGAUAGUUUAAAAUUACCAAAAUAUCCUGUAUUUGCUAUACAUUCUAUUCUUCAAUCGAAUCCUCAAUCUUGUUUAUCUGAAAUUGUACUAUUGUCUUCUUGUUUAAAAGAAGAUUCUAAUUCUAAAUUGAUCAGUUCAUCAAAAACCAUUAUUUAUCAUCAUUGUAUACGUUGUAUACGAUUGAAAUCAACAACUUAUCAUGGACUAUUUGAUCAUUAUUUACAUAUUGGAAAAUUUUAUAAAGCUUUAAAGCUAAAUAAAUUAAACAAUAAGGUAAAUAAUGAAAUCAUUUAUAAACAAAUGUGGAUUAAAUUAAGUUUAGAAUUUUGGAAAAUUAAAAAUUUUCAACAAUUUAUUCAAUCUACAUUAAAUCCAAUUUAUUUAAAUCAACCAUUAUGGAUUAUAAAACAAUGUUUAAAUUAUCUACCAAAAAUUUUACCAUCUAAUUUAAAUUAUACUUUAUUACUUUUAAAUAUACAAUUAGUAUUAAAUUAUGGUUUAAAUUGUCUACUAAGCAACAAACAUUUGAAUAAUGAGAAUAAUAGUACUUGGUAUCCAAGUAUACAUAAUCGUUUUAUAACUUAUAUAAAUCAUAUUCAUUGCAUAGAAACUAUUAUACAUAAUGAAUUAUUACAUCAUCAAUCAUUAUCAUUAACUAAUAAAUCAAUAAAUUUAUAUUUUAUUAAUCCAAAUACUUGGCAACCAUGUAUUAAAUCAAUUAUUCAAUCAAUUAUUGAUUUUCGUAUAAAAUCAUUAUUAUCGAUUACAUUUAAUUAUAUAUAUAAUCAACAAUUUAUUUCAUUAAAUACUAUAAUUAAUUAUUAUCCAAAAUUAAUAGGAAAUUAUCGAUUAUUUAUUGGAUCAUAUUUAUCAGAAACUAUUGAUCCUAAUUUAUAUUUUAAUAAAAUUUUUAAUUUACAAUCAGAUUCGAAUCAUAAUGAAUCUGAAUCUAUUAUUGAUCUUGAUCAUGAUCAUGAAGAUAUAAUAAAGAAUAUUCAAUAUCAUUUUACUAUACCGUUAUAUCUUAAUGAAGAAAUAAUAAAUGAUCCAUUGAAAUUAAUUAAAAUUCUAUCGAAUUGGUUCAUUGAACGAUCAAUACAAAUUGAUAAACGUUCAGGUUUAACUAAUUAUGCAUUAAAUUUCAUAUCUAUGGGUUUAUCUUAUUGUGAAGAGAUUUGUAAAGUGAAUCAUAUUGAUGAUGAAAUGGAAACAUGUUUAAAGGCAUUAAAAAAAGUUCGUCGAGAUUUUAUUGAAUUAGCACAAAUUAUCUACAAUAAAAAUGUAUCUCCAACUACAAUACUACAAAUUUCUAAUGAUUCAACAAAUUUAAUACCUCAAGAAUAUAAUACUAAUAAUAAUAGUAGUCAUGGUAACACAAACGAAUGUAUCCGAGCAUUUCAAUUGAAUAUUAAACAUUUUCAACAUUUCAAUUCUAAAUCUAUUUUAACUCUUCUACUACGAAUUAGUUUGAAUCUUAUCCAUUCGGAUAAUCUACAUAAUAAUCCAUUGUCAUCAUCAUCACCAUCAUCAACUGUUACUUCAGAGAAACUAGUCUCAUUUAUUCUUUAUCAAUUAUUACCACAUUUAGCUGAGAAAUGUUCACCAUCUAAUUAUGAAGAAUUGAUUAAUCAUUGUCUUUUAUAUGCAGCAAAUUGCAUUGGUUUAACUGGUCAUCUUAAACUUUUAGAGUCCGUUAAAUUGGGAUGUUUCACUGAUUUUAUUGAUUAUUUAUCAAUAGAUCUAACUGAUUCAGUCGUAUUGAAUAAUAAUCAUUCUCGUAUUGAUGAUUAUCUAAAUAUUUUAAACCCAUAUCAACUAUUGAUAGGAUUAGUUUAUGUCCUAAAAGAAUAUGAACCAGAUCAUAAAGUGAAUCAAUCAUUCAAUCAACAACCAAUUCAAUCAUUAUCAACUUAUAUCAAUAAUGUAAAUCAUCUUAUCCAAUUAAUGCUUUCUUAUUGUCAAGAUUAUAAAAUGAUUAUUUUACAAUUUACUAAUGAAAUCAAUUAUCAAAAAUUGUUGAAAGAUAUUCAAUUAAUCAAUCAAUUUAUUGUAUCAUUUAUUGAUUUUCAAUCAUUCAUACAAUCGAUUGAAAAUUGUAUUGGUUCAUCAAUACAAUUACCUUUUCAUUCGAUUAAAUCAUUUUAUCAAUGUAGUCAAAAUGCAAAAUAUUUUUGUUAUUUAUCAAAUAGUUGGAUGCAAAUAUUUAGUCGAUUAGCAAUGACAUAUGAAUAUGAAGAUAAUAUAUGUGAUGAAUCUAUUCAUGAUCACCAUCAUAAUAAACGAAUACAACGAUCAUCGAUUUCUGAAUCAACUAUAAAGAAACUCAAUGAUACCUUCUGUCAAUUCUAUAAAAUUCUAUUAAAAGCAUUUCAUCAUUGUCCAUGUGAAUUAUGGUUAGAAAUUGGUUUACAAUAUUCAUUAUUUGCUUCGGGUAAUGAAUUAUUUCUAGAAUUAUCUAAAAAAAUUUGUUUAAAUUUUAAUGAAUCCAAUUUGAAUUUACAAAAAACUAUUGAAUUGUCUAAAUAUUCAUUAAAUUCAUGGAGAAUUUGUUUAUUAAAUGCUAUACGUACUUAUGUGAAUACAUCUAUACCAAUAAGAUCUGAUUUGAAUAUGGUAUUUACUGAUCCUCAAAUAUCAUCAGCAUCAUCAUCUCAUCGAAUGAUAGAUCCUAAUGAACGUUUAGCACGUCAUUGUCUGUCAAUUAUUGAUUCAUUACAUCAUCAAAUGAAUUGGGAUCAAUCAUUUAUAUUAGAAUUUCAUUUAGAAAAAUGUUUAUUAGAUGCAUCAACAUUUAUUGGAACAAUUAAUAAACUGUUACCACCAUCUUCAUCGUCAUCAUCAUCAAUGGUAUCGUCAUUGAAUGUACCAUACAAAUUAAGAUAUUUAUGGUGUAAUGAUACUACUACUACCACUACUACUACUAAUGAAUUUAAUGAAUUCUAUAAUAAUAAACGUAUUCAAUUAUUAAUAGAUGCAUUCUAUCAAUUAAUUGAAUUAUUUUCUUUAAAUAUUUAUACUACUUAUAAUACUACUUAUAUCAAAAAUUUAUUUAAUUCAUUCUUUAUAAGUAGUAUAGCAAAUAGUUUUUUAAUUAGUAAUGAACAAGUGAAAAUUUGUUUUAUUCAUUCAAUGUAUCAAUAUUUAAAAUUGAAUAAAAUAAAUUUGCCUAAUUUAUAUUUAUUAAAUUUAAUUUAUAAUUAUUUAAAUGAAUUAAUUGAAUUACGCAAUCAAUUAUGUUGGUUUGAAUGUGCUCAUUGGGCUGGUUAUCAAUCAGAUAUAAAUAAUUCUUUAGAUAUUCCUAAUUAUACUACUUAUAAUGAUAAUAGUAGUACUCAUACUACUAAUAAGGAUAAUAGUAGUAGUACUAUGGAGAAAUUUAAUAAAAAAUUAUAUACAUGGACCUAUUUGCAUGCUUUAUUUAAUAUUGAACGUUCAAACUCUCAAUUAUGCAAUAUGAAUACAGAUUUAAUACAAUUAUGGAAUAUAGAAUCUUAUCGUUUACGUUUAGCUAGAUAUGCAUUAGCCUAUUGUACAUCAACAAAAUAUUUAUAUGAUUUAUGUAAUUUUAUUGGAUUAUGUAUAUUACGUAAUGAAUGGAUAAAAUUCACUAUGAUCAUGUUAAAUAAUAAUAAUAAAGAAAAAAAAGGAAGAAAAUUAUCAAAAAAUAUAUUUAAACAAUUGAUGAAGUUUGUUGCUAUGGAAACUAAUGAUCAAUUAGAAGAAGAAGAGAAGAAGAAUCAUUCUAAAGAGAUCAAAUUAUGUUUACCAUCAUUUUAUACAGAAUCAACUGAUUAUGUAAUCAAUGAAUUUACAUCAUCCAAGAUAUUUGAUGAACUGGAACCAAUAAAUGAUCUUUAUUAUGGUUUUAAUGAACAAUCUCUAUGGUUUGCAUUUCUAAUGAAUUGGUCUAAAUGUAAUCAAAUCAAUAUAUUUGAGAAUUAUAAUCCUAAUCUUAUAUGGUGUAAAUCUAUUUUAGAAGUUAUUCAUUAUGAUACACGUUUAGCAAUGAGUUAUUCAGCGAUUGGUUCCAAAUUUUGUCGAUUUUAUUCAACAACUCAUUCAGAUUCAUAUAUGAAUUAUAUGGAUCAAGUUAGUUCUAUUCUAUUACCAUUCCUGGAAUCAUCGAAUAUAUCUGAGGAUCUUGAUAAUAGUCCAUGUCGUAUUAUAUUGGUUGUAUUAUGUUACAUUUUGGUAUCAAUAUAUGAAUAUAAAACUAUUGAAUAUUGUUUACCAUGUGGAUGUUUUCCAUCAGGGAAAUAUUUAUGUUCAAAAUAUUGUUCAUUUAUGAUAUCUGAAGAUUUCAGUCAGCAGUUUAAUCGAUUACAUAAUGAACUUACGAAUAGAUUAUUCAUUGUAUUAAGAGAAAGUCUUAUUCGUCGGCUUAUUAUUAAAUUUCCAAGUAUUGAUUCUGUACGUUUUCAUAAUGAUCCAAACUAUCGUGAAGAUACUAUAUAUGGAUUAUGUUCAACUCAUUUCUCAUUUGGUCUACGACUAUGUUCAUGUUAUAAUCUUUCACAAAUGGAAGGUAUAUUUUGUCGUCUUGAAUAUUUAUUCCGUGAUGAAGAUUGGAUGGAUGAUAAAAUUAAAAAAAUGAUCAAUCAUAUCAUUCAAUGGAUUCUUACUUAUCCAAAUGGAAUGGAGAUUUUAUUGAAUCGUAUUGAUCAAACUAUUUAUCCAUUUCUAAUACAACUUUCACAGAUUAAGCUAUUGUUUGAUGUAUUACCUAAUGAAUGUGAUUCAAAAGUAUUUGAUGGACUUCAAAUACAAUUACAUCGAAAGAUAUUGGAUAUUUUAUUAAAGUUACAAGUGGAUGAUACCUUUUUCAACAGUUUCAGUUAUUCAGAAUUCCUUAAGUUUCUUCAUCAAUCUCCUGAAUUGUAUCAUAAUAAUCCAUUUUAUAACUUUAUUAAAAGUAAAUCUGAUGCAGAUGUUCUAGCAAAAGUUAUUGAACAAAUCCAAGCUGAUGAUGACAGUAAUGAGAUUACAUCGUUACAAGUUGGUGAUAUUUAUGCCAUAUUUGGUUUAAAAGUAUUUUAUGAUUUGACAUUAUUUGAAUCAUUUAAAACUAUGUCUGAUUUAUUCAAAUUAUUUGAAUGGAUUGCUCCAGGUAACACUGCGAAUGAUAUUUCACGCUUUAUAAAAUGGUUGGAUGAGUUAUUAUAUGAUAGUAGAUUUUCAGAAAAUUUGUCUAUUUGUCAACGUCGUUUGAUUUUGAAAUCGGCUCAUUCUUUCGUUUCAAGAUUAAAUCAAUCUACUACUACUACUACUACUACUACUACUACUAUCAAUUCAGAAUGGAUAAGUAGUAAUGUUCAAGAAAUGAUCAAUAAUUAUAUGAUCCAUUUCAAUGAAAUUACAUAUUUAUUAAAUAAAAUUCUAUUUCCACAAGAGAAUCAAGCAGAUCUCAAUGAUCCAAUGAAUUCUGAUCAAACAUUUUUCAAUCAAUAUAAUUUACCUAAAAAAUUUUAUUAUCAAUUAAUGAAUAUUAAACCAACUAAUGAAUUAGCUAAAAUUAAUUUCAUUAAAGAAUUCAUUAGUACAAUCAUGAAUACUACUACUAAUACUACUGAUACUACUACUAUCAAUACUACUAAUAAUAAUAAUAAUAAGGAUAAGGAUCAUAUAUCUAACUUAAUUUGUUUCCAAAUUUCUACAAAAUUACAAAUCCUUGGAUGUUUAUUACCAGAUUGUUUGAAAACAUUGAACAUUGAAAAUGAAAUUUGGUUAAAUAUUCUACAAGAUAGUUUAUCUAUAUGUUUCUCAUCCCUGUCAUCAAUAUAUACAUUAAAUUUUGAAUAUUUUUCACAAAUUAAUUUCACUCAACAACAAGGAGAACAACAAGAACAACACCAACUGUUUACUAAUACACAAGUUGAAAUCAUCUAUCCACAUUUAAAUGAUUUUUUGAAUUUAUUUAUUAAAAAUGAUGAUAAUGAUAAUGAUCAUAAUGAUAGUUGCUAUGGUAAUAAUCAUGGGAAUAAAUUCUAUCUUAUUGAUUCUUUACAACUUUUAACCUAUUUUUUAUCAAAUAAAAUUAUUCGUCGUUUAUUUGGUAAACAAUUAUUCAAAUCCUAUAUUAUUGAUAUCAAUAAUGAUUGGAAUGAAAUUAUUGAUUUUAAUUAUUUAUUAUUAUUUAAUAAAAUAAUAAAAAAUUUACAAAAAAAUUUUUUUAUUCAUUCUAAUUUAUUGAUUAAAUUGAAUGAAUUAUUUUCAUUAUCCGAUAUUGAUAAUAAUGAUGAUGAUGAUGAUGAUGAUGAUAUAAAUCAAUUUAAAAUUAAUAUAAAACAAUUAUUUGAAAAAAAUAAUGAUCAUCAUUAUCGGGAUCAGGAUCAAGAUCAUCAUCAUGAUCUGGAUCAUGAAUUAAUGAAUAUUGAUGAUAUUGAUAAUUCAUUAAUUGUAAUUCAAGAAAAUGUAGAAAUAUUAAGAACAAUUAUUGAAUUAAUUGAUUUAAUUAUAAUUGAUGACACACUACCAGAUAAAUCCAAUUUUCUUCAAGAAUUAUGGUUACUAUGGUAUCAAUAUUGUGAAAAAUCCGGUUUAAUGUAUAUAAAUAAUGAAUUACACAUUUCUAAAUUAUUCAUUUAUGAAUGGACAACAUAUUGUAUUCCACCUAUUGAAUGUAUUAAAGCAGGAUUAAUCCAAUUAUCAAAUUAUUAUCAUUCAAGGGAUCCAUCAUCUACAUCAUCCUAUCCAAUGACAUAUCAAGCUACUAUACUUAGUAUUGGUUUAUUAUCAUCUAAUACGGAUGUCAUUGAUUCUACAUUAUCUAUUCUAUUGAAUAUAACCGAUGAAUCCAUUAUUCAAUUUAUAGAUACAUCAAGUUGUUGUUAUUUCAUAUGUAAUCAUUAUAAAUAUUGGUUUCAAUUAAUAAGUAGUAUAGAGAAUUCUUCAAAAAUUUAUCAUCAAUUCUUUACUAAACUAUUUAAUUCUAUCAUUGAACUAUUACAAUUCAAUGAUCAUCAUCAUCAUCAUCAAAUGAUUUAUUAUAAAAUGGGAUUUAAUCUGUGUUUAUUAUUACGUAAUCAAGAUAUGUGGUUAGAAGCAGCUAGAAUUUAUAUGAUUAUCCAUGGAAUGAAAUCUAAUCAAAUACCAAUACAACAUAUUAUGAAGUUAGUGAAUGAAUUAGAAUUUAAUCAAUCAUAAAAAAUUGUAAUUUCAUUGUUUAUUGUACAAAAUUUUUUUUUUGUUUUUCUUGUUUUUUUUCUGUUUAUUUUUGUUGCUAAGCGUUUUUUUUUGUUAUUUUUGUCAAUAAAUUAUUUUUUUCUUUUGA